CCGGAACAUCUACUUCCAGCCCGACCAAGUCGCGGAUCACUUUGCCGCUAGAUCGCCCCUGCGAUCACCCCUCUCGUCGAGACCGCUCGCACUUGAACAUCCGGAAGGCAACCGCUCGUUGAGCUUCCUGAAAUUGUUCCGUUUCUAAUUUUUCCUGUGUGAAAAAGAAAAUGGCAGCAACAGCGAAGGCAACGUUGAUCGCGAUUUUAGUGGCGACGAUCGGCGCGGUGACCAAGGCGCGAGAUUUACCCGAGUUUCUUCAUGUUUGCCAAUUGGGCGAUCCGCAUUACGAUGUCUGCGUCGGCGAGAGUGUGGAAUAUUUGAAGCCGUACUUGAAAAUCGGCGUGCCGGAAUAUAACAUUCCCUCGUUGGAACCUUUAAAACUAAAAAAACUCGUGGUCUCCCCGGCGAAUGGUUUACGCAUACACGCGACAGAUGUCAAUGUAUACGGCGCCAGCAACUUCCACAUCAGCAAAGUAAAAGUUAAUUUGGACACUAUGCGUUUCGCCGUGAACGUGGAAUUGCCAAAUAUUUCCGUUGAAGGGAAAUAUGACGUCGACGGUAAGGUGUUGCUACUUCCGAUUCGUGGUUCCGGUCCUAUGUCCGGCAACUUCUCAAAUUGCAUAGGUGCAUGCAAAAUAUCGGGUGAAAGGUAUUUUGAUAAAAACGGAGUGGAGAAGUUGCGCAUCAAGGAAUUCAGGUUGAAAGUGUCCGUGGGCAAAGGCUCGCUGAAACUGGACAAUCUGUUUGACGGUGAGCGAGUUCUCGGAGACGUCAUUAACUCGGCCAUUAACAACAACUUCGACCUCUUCACGCGUGAGCUAAUGCCGCUCGUAGAAAUGGCUUUGUCCGACGCGUUUCAGAACAUCGCGGACAACAUUGUCGAGCAAUUUACGCUUGCGCAAUUGUUUCCCGGCGCGUAGAUCUUGAUCCGGACGAACAGGCGGGCUGGAAAAAAAAAAAAAAAAAA